GGGGUUAGUGUGCGGUUCUGCAGGUUACUAGAGACGCUCCGGUUCAAGAACGGCGGACAGACAGAAGUACCGGGAGAGAGAAACGCAUACAAAUCACACACCGAGAACCAGAGACUCAUCUGACAACAGGAAUCAUCUGCGAUGUCAUUUAUAUUUGACUGGAUCUACAGAGGCUUCAGUGGAGUGCUGCAGUUUUUAGGUUUGUAUAAGAAGUCUGGAAAGCUGGUUUUUCUUGGACUGGACAAUGCUGGAAAAACGACUCUCCUGCACAUGCUCAAAGAUGACAGAUUAGGGCAACAUGUGCCCACUUUACAUCCCACAUCAGAAGAGCUGACCAUCGCAGGAAUGACAUUCACUACGUUUGAUCUGGGUGGACACGUACAAGCUCGGCGAGUGUGGAAGAAUUAUCUGCCCGCGGUGAACGGUGUGGUGUUUCUGGUGGACUGCGCUGAUCACGAGCGGCUCCCGGAGUCAAAAGUGGAGCUGGAUGCUCUGCUGUCAGACGAGACCAUCUCCAGUGUGCCGCUGCUGGUGCUGGGAAAUAAGAUCGACCGGCCGGAGGCUGUGAGCGAGAGCAGACUCAGAGAAGUGUUCGCUCUGGAUGGACAGAUCACCGGGAAGGGCAGUGUUUCUCUGAAGGAGCUGAACGUUCGGCCGCUGGAGGUGUUCAUGUGCAGCGUUUUGAAGAAGCAGGGUUACGGUGAAGGUUUCCGCUGGCUGUCGCAGUACAUCGACUGAUUACACACUCCUGCUCCGUCAUCAUCAGCAAUAACACACCUCCAUUUGAUCAUUUACUGUACUUUAGUGGAUAUCUUAAUGAUUGGGUUUGUCAUUUUUAGGUUUGUCAGUGUACUGAUUCUAAAAGGGGGAGAUUUUAGAUCGUAAUACAUUAGCACAAUGCAGAAACACAUGCAGGUCAUCAGCGUUUCUGUUUUAAAAGCCUGCAAUUGGAGAUCAAUUCAGAAAUACUCAUUUUAAACAAACAAAAAGUGCAAGA